UGGUUAUAUUUAUUACUCUGUUCCUUUUCAGAUGCUUCAAAGCCUUACUAAGAAUGUUUGGAUCCCCAUGAAGCCCUACUACACCCAGGUUUACCAGGAGAUCUGGGUCGGGAUGGGGCUGAUGAGCUUCAUCGUUUAUAAAAUCAGGAGUGCUGAUAAAAGAAGUAAAGCCUUGAAAGCUUCCAGUCCUGCGCCUGCUCGUGGUCACCAUUAACCAGCUUUACGUGGACAGAACGUCAGUCUGGCCGUGUUGAUUGGGAACGUGGGACGUCGUGUUGACUUAUAGACGUGCCACUGCCCUGAUGCAUGAAUAAACGUACCUGUGAGAUCCCCGUGUCCCUCCCUGCACCCUGUCCCCGCCGAGCUCUGAGUGGGUCUCUGUGUGCAGUGGGUGCAGCCGGAGCCCCACCAAGAUGCCCCAUCCUUAGGGGACCUGUGGGGCUGAGGAGUAAGCACUCCGAUUAGCACAGGAGUUGGGGUCAAAUAUAGGCACCCACACUCUCAUCAUGGCAAAUAAACGUUAAACAGACGAUUCUGCUACUUA